AGUUGCUGCAUACGGGAGCAGCUUGAUCAUGGAAUCCGCUAUCUGGAUCUACGUGUGUCGCAUCCAUCGGCGGAUGUCCGUGAAUCUAGCAAGGACUUUCGGCUGAUACAUGCUUUGUACGGUCCAAAAAUGCAAGAAGUAUUCCGAGAGAUUCUAGACUUUCUUACAACUAACACCAAGGAAGUCAUUCUUCUGGAUAUGAACCAUCUGUAUGACUUCAACAUGGAAAGUUAUAACCUGUUACAAAUGGAGGCAGUGAAUAUCCUAGGAAAGGAGCUUUUCUGUCCAUUAACUCAUCCAGACAGUAUUUCUUUGGAUUUCAUGUGGGAGAACGGAUACAGGUGA